CUCUAAGAGUGCAAAAAUCUAAACACAAGAACAAAUUAUGGUGUCCUCUUCUGCUCACUUCUUGUUUUUUACUGUCUUGAUAGUUUUUUUCUUUCAACCAUGUUUCCAACAUUCAUUGUGUCGGAGAGAUGAGCGCCUUGCCUUGUUACAAUUCAAGGAAAGCUUUGUUGUUGAUAAGCAUGCUUCUUUUGAUGAUCCAUUUGCUUAUCCUAAAGCCAAUUUCUGGAAAUCCCAAGGGAAGGAUUGCUGCUUUUGGGAAGGCAUACAGUGUGAUCAAGACAUUGGUCAUGUUAUAAGCCUUGAUCUCAGUAGCAGCUAUCUUUUUGGUUCUAUCAACUUCAAUAGUAGCCUCUUCCACCUCAUUCACCUCCAACACCUUAAUCUUGCCUUCAAUGACUUCAAUUAUUCUAAGAUUCCAUCUGCUUUUUCUAAUCUUACAAGUUUAACUUAUCUUAACCUCUCUAACUCUUUUUUUGUGGGACAGAUUCCAUUUGAACUCUCAAGACUUACUAGCUUAUCUACCCUUGAGCUAGUUCCCAAUUAUGAGGGAGGGUUAGAACUAAAAAUGCCAAACUUGAGAAUCCUAGUGGAAAAUUUGACAAGCCUAGAAUACCUUCACCUCUCUGGCACCAAAAUAAAUUCUAGAAUUCCUACUACCUUAGCAAAUAUGUCCUCCUUGAGGUCUAUCGAUCUUAGUGAUUGUGGAUUGUUUGGAGAGUUCCCAAUGGCAAUUUUCCAACUACCAAAACUUCAAGUCCUUAUUGUGAGUUUCAACGUAGGUCUUAUGGGUAAUUUGCCUGAGUUUCAGUUUCACAACCAGCUUACGACUCUUGAAAUUCAGAACACAAAAUUUUCUGGUAAGUUACCUGCUUCAAUUGGAAUGCUUAGCUCUUUGGAGGUUUUGUCUAUUGAUAAUUGCAACUUCUCAGGCUUAUUACCACCUUCUCUAGGUAAUCUUACCAAGCUCCAGGGCUUGCAAUGUUAUAAUAAUAAGCUCAGUGGUAUAGUCGAGAUUGACCCAUUUCUUAAGCUCAAACACUUAGAAGCUUUGUCCUUUUCUCGAAACAAUAUUUUGUUGCUAAUAAAAACUAGGGAGAGUGCCAACACCACUACUAGAAAGUUAAGAUCUCUUGAACUUGGUUCUUGUAGUCUAAAAGAGUUUCCAAGCUUCUUGCAUAACCUGGACCAACUAGAAAUCCUUGACCUUUCUUCCAAUGACAUUGGUGGCAAGAUACCAAAAUGGAUAUGGACAUUCAGUAAAAGUUUGUCAUUUUUGGACCUUUCCCAUAACUCAUUGACAAACUUUGAAAAAUUUUUAAAUGCCUUUCCUUCAUCUACUCUAGAUUAUUUAGACCUUAGUUUUAACAAGCUUAAAGCUUCACUACCAAUCCCUCCAUUUUCCAUUAGUUUCUUUUUAGUUUCUGAAAAUAAAUUUAGUGGAGGCAUCCCACCUGAAUUUUGCAACUUGACUUCCCUCCAAUUUCUAGAUUUGUCUCAUAAUAACCUGAAUGGAAUGAUACCACCAUGUAUUGGCAACUUUAGUAAAUCCUUGGCUAUUUUGAAUUUGCAAGGAAACAACUUUAAAGGUCCAAUUCCUCCAACUUGGGUAGAUGGAAACAAUCUAAAGCUGAUUAAACUAGGACAAAAUAAUUUGAAGGGGAAGCUACCGAGAUCAUUGGCAAACUGUAGAAUGUUGGAGUUUUUUGAUGUUGGUAACAAUCAUAUUAGAGAUACCUUCCCUUAUUGGUUGGGAACUCUUCUUAGAUUGAAGAUUCUCAUUUUGCAUUUCAAUAGGUUCUAUGGUGCAAUUAAUGGUUCAGAGUCGGAUUCCUUAUUUCCUAAUCUUCGGAUUGUUGAUCUUUCUCAUAAUGGAUUUGUUGGUCUUCUACCAACAAAAUACUUCGAGAGGUGGAGUGCCAUGGUAGAUGCUGAUAGGGAGAACACAAAAUACUGGGAGGCAUAUGACAAUUAUGAAUGGAACAACAUCAUGUUACUCCCUUCAUAUCAUUACUCAAUGACAAUAACAAACAAAGGAGUGAAGAUGGAAUAUGCACAGGUACUAGAGAUUUUCUCGGCCAUUGAUCUUUCUUGCAACAAAUUUGAGGGAGAGAUUCCAGAUGUGGUAGGGAUCUUAAAGGGACUUGAACUGCUUAACCUUUCCAAUAACAUCCUUGUUGGUCCAAUCCCACCAACCUUGGGAAAUCUCAAAAAUCUUGAAGCUCUAGACCUUUCUCAAAACAAGCUCACAGGUAGCAUUCCCACACAGCUAACACUGCUCAAUUUCCUUGCAGUCUUCAAUAUCUCGCAUAACCAUUUGGUAGGACCUAUUCCAAAAGGGCAGCAAUUUGAUACAUUUGAUAACAGCUCAUUUGAUGGGAAUUUAGGGCUAUGUGGAUUGCCACUGUCAAGGAAAUGCGAGAACUCCAAGGCCUUGCCUCCUCCAUUUUCAACCUCUAACGGAAAUGAAGACUAUGGCUUGCUAACUGAGUUUGGUUGGAAAACAGUGGCGUUGGGCUAUGGAUGUGGAUUCCUUGUUGGUGUUGUGAUGGGAAACAUUGUUUUUGCAAGAACACGUGAGUGGUUGAUGAGGAUUUACCAAACCAGGCUAUCAAGGGGGUGAAGGAUGAGGAGGAUCCAGUGAAGAUGAAUGUUUAUCUGUUGGUGGUAGCCUUUGGUUAUGUAUUU